GGAGGGCGUGUGUGAGUGAGUGAGUGAGGGGCCGAGGUGCCUCCUGCACACACACACACACACACACACACACACACACACACACACACGCCACGGAGAGUGCAUCAUCCAGACGUGACCCUUGCCAGCCAGCUCCACGGUCCAGAGAGAUCGGGUGCUGCCCACUACAGGAGACAGUACCUGGACCCAGCUGCCAGGGCGAGACGGAGUCCAUAGCUGGUGAGGCCAGUGAGCAGGGCGAGGCCAGGCCCUGCCCGGAAGGACACCAGAGUCCUUCACCGGCCCCUGUGCUCCAGAGCCCUCCCGGCUCUCCUGCUGGCCCCACCAUGACAUCAGAGUCUACAUCACCUCCGGUGGUGCCACCUCUGCACUCCCCCAAGUCCCCCGUCUGGCCCACUUUCCCCUUCCACAGGGAGGGCAGUAGGAUCUGGGAACGUGGUGGUGGCGUCUCUCCUCGGGACCUGCCCAGCCCUUUGCCUACCAAACGGACCAGGACAUACUCAGCGACAGCUCGAGCCUCGGCUGGCCCCGUGUUCAAGGGCGUCUGUAAGCAGUUCUCACGCUCCCAGGGCCACGGCUUCAUCACGCCUGAGAAUGGCUCCGAGGACAUCUUCGUGCAUGUUUCUGACAUCGAGGGGGAGUACGUGCCCGUAGAAGGAGAUGAGGUGGCCUACAAGAUGUGUCCCAUCCCACCCAAGAACCAGAAGUUUCAGGCUGUGGAGGUGGUGCUCACCCAGUUGGCUCCCCAUACCCCCCACGAGACAUGGUCUGGCCAGGUUGUGGGAUCCUAGUCAGGAUCCUCCCACAAGGAGGCAGGCAGCAGCCAGUCUGUGCCCCCACUGUGCUGCUGACCAGCCCUUGGGUGAGCUUGUUUGUCCGCCUGUCUGUCUGUGCUUGUGGCUGUGAAUGUGUGCUUCCACCUGUGACCCAUGACUUGUAUGAUCCGGCCUAGGGUUGGAUGGAGUGCAGCUACCAGCCCCGCCUUGGCCUGUCUCUCCUUCCUCCCAACUCCGUCACGUAAACACACCUUCUCCCCCUCUUGCCCACUAUCUAUAUACUGAGUCUCUGUGGGUCUGCGUCAUGUUCUUGAGAACCCAGGGGGACCCCUCUCCUGUGAGCCCAUUCCUCACUGCUGUCCUCAGAUCUACCGUCUCCAGUCCCCAGGCCUGUCUGCUUACGUCCCUGUCUCCAGUGCUGGACCUGGGUGUCUGCCACACCUGGACUCGUUCUCAGAAGCCAGGCCCCUGAGUGCUUUGUAGGGGCCUCCUUUAGGGAGGAAGAGGGCAAACCAUGGAGGUUCAUGGCCAGCCCCUGCUAUAACCUAGCUCAUCUUCCUGUCCCCACCCGUGGUGCCCUGAAGAGAACACAGCUGUGAGCAGGAGGGAACUGAGGCACUCCUGUUGUGUAGGCCAGUCCUCUCUCCUCAGCAAAUGAUCUUUGAAGCCCACAGAGCUAAGAUCCCUCACUCUGAGGUGAGGAGGGGACAUGGUUUCCUCCAGCUUGCUUGGGCAGAACCGUCUCUUCUGCUGGGAUGCCCAAACCCUGUGGAUGCUCUGCCCAGUGCUGGCCACCACAGCAGCUAAGGAUGCAGCGACAGACUGACAUGUCACCUCAGGCAAGGCCAGGUCCAGACACCCCAAAAGAAUGGUCCUCAGCCAGGGAGCCCACUGGCCUUGCCCCUCUGCUCCCAUUAGACACAUUUCCCAGAGCUAUGCAAUGGCUCUAAGUCCCUGACAGGUCAGCAGCUGAGGUGGCUCUUAUCCCGUUCAUCCCAAAGUGUGACUGUCCCUCUUACCUGGAGUCCCUUUGGAGUUAAGAUGUGUCCCCUCUAGAGAGCCCAUUACUUAAUGAGAGGAUAAGGGCCUGACACAAUAGUGACCUUUAUGAGACCCAGUCUGGAAGUAAAAUGUGAGCACAGAUGGCCGGGAUGAAGGGGUCAGUGGUUGUCUAGGUGGCCUUGUAGGUGUUCCGGGACCACAGGGUAAUCAUUUGGGGCAUUUGCACCCCAACUUGGCCUAGCACCCUUUGCACAGAGGCCAGCAACUUAGAGAUGCUAACAAGUGCUGGCCAGUCUUCCACCCUAGGAAGGACCUGUCUGACACCCCACUGUGAACGAGGAUUCUCCAGCAAGGCCUGUCCCCGGAGAACGGUCCUCGGCAAGCUUGAGGACCUGAGUUCAAAUCUCCAGCACGCCUGUAACCCAGUAUUGGGUGAUAAGACACAGGCCUUUGACAAGAACUUGUUGGUUCAGGUGAACCCCAAGGCCACCCAGGCCUCCCUGUUGUGAGUAGGUCCUUUGCAGCCAUCACCCUGAGGCUGCCUGAGUGGUGGGGACAACAGGCCUCCUCCCUACUCUUGGGCCCUGCAGUGCCCAGUCAGAAACUUCUCCACUCAGACCCCAGCCACGGAUUCCCCAACCCUCCUAACACUGGCAAUAAACUCAACUGUGACCCACUCUGCCCCUGA